CUCUUCCCCCCUUCCUCCUCCACAAACCCAAUUUCAGCAUUUUGAUUAACCACCACUUCCAUGGAUCAUCAUCAAGAUCUUGAUCAUGGCGACAUUAAUCUUGAUCUUGAUCAGCUGGACCACAACAACAGCAAUGACCAAAACAUCUUAAAGAAUGAUCAACCAGUUGAUCUUGAUCAAAACAUCUUAAAGAAUGAACCAGUUGAUCUUGAUCUUGAUCAUGGUGGUGAUGAUGAUGAUGGUGAUCUUGAUGAAGAUGACAACGACAGCAAUGGCAAAAACAACUUGAAUUAUGAACUAGACCCACUUCACCUGAUGGAAAACAACCCACCGGAGUCGUUUUCCGUCUGCCAAGCCAAAGUGGCGGACUGGCUGAACCAUCAUACAACAUUCAUCGAGCGGAAAACCUCUGUGAAGUUCGCCAUCACCAAAAACCUGGAUCCAACUCAAACCCGGUCGGCCAAUCGUGCAAUCUCUUUAAACCAAAGACCAAAACUUUCCAUUAUCGGGUUCAGAAAAAAACCGAUCCAUCAUAAUGAAGCGAAGUCCAAGCAUAACGAUAGGGCAGAAAACGUUCGUUUGUUCAGGAACCGGUCUGAACCGGGGAGAGACUACUGUUUGCUGAUAAACGAUCCGGUUUCUCCUAAGGUUUCAUGUGUCGGCCGAGUUGGGUCGGUUAGGGUUCAAGGUAGGAAGGCUGGGGUUUGGAGGAGUGUGAAGGCUGCUUUCUCAAAUCUUGUUCAGACGAGUCGAGUAACAAAGGUAGUUGCUUGAUAUGAUACCGGUUCAGUCCGCCGGAGCUGAUUGGUGGCCGGCGGUCAGGCGAGCAGUUGUCGGUAAGCCGGCGAUGAUGACGAUGGAUACAAAUUUAUUAUUAUUUAAUUUUGUCAUUUUGGUUAUAGGUGAAUUUACGUGUAAUUAUGGGUGUCCACCUGUGCCCUAUCUCCUAGUCCAUGGCCAUAAUUGAGACAAACGAGAUGCCGUUGUUUUUGGACAUUUUGUUCCAGUUAUAUAUACUUAAAAUAAUUUGAUUUA